GGGAUAAUUCGUUUUAUAAAAAGGGAGGGGGGGAAACAGUCUAUCACACGGCAGACAGCCCGGCCUUUGCACACGGACAUGUGUCGGAAGGUCGGGCAGGCAGCGCCGGUAGAGGGAGUGGGUGGCUCGGCGAUCGGCCGGGCGCCGCGUCGCCUCCCUCGGGUCCGGGAGCCAGGGCGUAAAUGGCAAAGAAGGCAUCGCCAGCUUGACUCACACGCCAUCGCCCGGGAUCCAGACAAACCAAGUGCGGGAGGACCCAAGCGCCUGCCUGGCUGCCGGUCCCGGCGCCGGGGUGGCCAAGCGGCCGGGCGAGGGCCAAUCGUGAUGCGCCGAGAAUCCGCUGCACGGACCCGAGCGAGGUCACCCGGCCGACCAGGUCGUGCACCUCGCGAGUGCUAAGAGGCCCGCGAAUUUGAUGCCAUGGCCCGAUGGCCGCCGCGGGAGGCAAGUUGCCGAGGCCGGCUGCCUGCCACAGGGGCGCCAGCCAGGAAGCCGAGCCCGGGGCGGCUGCCAGGCUGGAGGACCAUCCGGAGCCCAGAUGAGCGGCCCAUCGGGCAACCUGGGCCAUGUGAAGGGCGGUCCGGAGGCGCGAACAGCGCUCGGGCCGCGGGAGAGUGUCGCCGGCGCCAGGCAAUGGCGGCGGCAGGGAAGCUCGGUGCCGUGCACACGCGGCACAUUCCCCGGGCGGACCAUCGGCCAAAUGCGUCGGGGAAAAUUCCCGGCGGAAGUCCUCCGAUUGCCAGGCACCCAGCACCGCGCCGACGGCGGCCACGGCGGAUACCAGCUCGCGAAUGCUUUCCGCCUCGUCGGCCAUCGCAAAGCGCCGGGGAAGGGGGAGGCCAUUGGCCGGGGCGGUUGCACAGGCGCCCGGCAUGUCCAGCCGCAGUGCCACCCUCGAGGGCGAGUGGGCUGGCGAAUGCACCAGCGGCAGCGGUGUGGCCAAGGGGGAGGCCGGAACGGCCGAGGCGGCCGGCCUAGCCGAAGCAGGUGGGGCAGACGGGGCUUGCGGCUCGGGAACCGGCGCCAAUGCCGCCCUGGCCACCGGCAGACGAUCUAGGAAGGACCGAGUGGCAUUCGGGGCCAGCUGCCGCGCCCGACGCAGGAGCAUGCUCGCUUCGCUGGGACUCAGGUGUGACAGGGAGGAGUGAAUGGCACCGGCGGCCGCGCUGGCGGCCCAAGGAUCCCUCCCCAACGGCGGCUCGCCGGGAUGGCCGAAGCCCAUAUCGCUGUCACUGUCGUCAUCGUCACUGCCAUCGUCAAAGAGAACCGGCCGACUGGAUAGAGGCCGAGCCAUGGAGCCCAAGCAGCGACCGCCGAGCGCUGACUGGCUCAGCGGCCGUCGCCAUAGGCCAGGCCUCAUGUGCCGGGCUCGGUCUCGCAGAUCACCACGGGGCCCGGCUCCCGGAUGGAUGCGCGUGUUGAUGGAGGAGCGGUGAAGGCAGCCGGAGGAGCGGAAUUCCACGUGCCAGGAAAAGAGGGG